UGGCUUGGUAAAGGAGAUUCGUCGCUGUAGUUUGAGUUUUGUCAUUAUUGAAAUGCGUUUCACCGUGCACUUAUGAUGUAUUUGUGGUAGGUUAGUGCUGUGAAAUGUGGUGUUUCAAUCAUGGCACGGGGGCUGAUUCCGUGGAUCUGGCUGAAGCGACCCGUUUAUAUCCAGGCCCGGUUCUCCUACCUACACAUGAAGUACCUGUUUUUUUCCUGGUUGGCUGUUUUCGUGGGAAGCUGGGUGGUGUAUGUGGAAUACUCUUCAUACACAGAGCUGUGCCGUGGACACGAGUGCAAGAACUCUAUUUGCAGUAAAUUCCAGAAGGGGGUGAUCGAUGGGUCAGCAUGCAGCAGCUUGUGCGAGAAGGAGACUAUUUACUUGGGAAAGUGUCUCUCUGCCAAACCCAGCAAUCAGGUAUAUUAUGGCAGUUGGGGGGAUAUGGAAGGAAUCAUAAAGUGCCAGAUGGAGGAAGACCCUCAUUAUGAUCUGGGUAAAGAACUGGAGCCCCCAAAAGAAUCCGCCUCCUUUAACAGGCCAACCAAAGGGACAUCAAUGGAGAAGUUCAAAGAGAUGGUCUUCAGCCAUCUAAAGGCUAAAGUAGGAGACCAAGCCAAUUUAGCAGAUUUGGUGAACCUUGUGCUUGGAGUAGCAGACAGCAGCAAGGAUGGCCAGAUCUCGCUGUCAGAAGCACAUUCAGCUUGGGCUUUACUGCAGCUGAAUGAAUUCCUUCUGUCCAUCGUGCUACAGGACCGAGAGCACACUCCCAGACUGCUGGGCUUCUGUGGGGACUUGUACGUGAUGGAAAAGGUGCCUUAUGUACCACUCUAUGGCGUCAGCCUUCCGUGGAUGGUAGAGCUGUGGAUUCCAACCAGCCUGCGACGGAGCAUCGACCAGUGGGCCGCCCCAUCGUGGCCCCGCAAGGCUAAGAUUGGCAUCGGUCUGUUUGAGCUCGUUGAGGACGUCUUCCACGGCACAUUUGGUAGUUUUCUCAUGUGUGAUGUAAGUGCUGCAGGGUUUGGGUAUACAGAGCGCCAUGAUAUAAAGGUGAUAGAUGCAAGGCGUAUUGUCCCCGAAGCUGCUUUUCAGGAAGUGAUGCGUGAAAGGCGGUGCGAAGAGGACAGUGACUGUAUGUAUGGCCGGGACUGCCUCACUUCCUGUGAUCUCACUAAACACCGCUGCACUACGGAGGUCACACAGCCCAAUCUGGCUAAAGUAUGUAGCACACUGAAGGACUAUCUUCUGUAUGGUGCACCAUCAGAUAUUAAAGACGAACUGGAGAAACAGAUGUACGCCUGCAUCGCUCUCAAAGGCGCCAGCGAACAGAUGGAAAUGGAACAUUCUUUGAUUCUCAACAACCUCAAAACUCUGCUUUGGAAGAAGAUAUCACAUACAAAGGACUCGUAAUGAUGCUUAGGACUGUUACUGUUCUUAUAAACAGAACAAAAGAUGAACAAGAGACUGG